AUGGAUACUGCAGAGGGCGAUGACUACUACUACCAUGACAACAUCAGCUUCAACUUCAGCUACGACGACUACCCCACCAUAUGCGAGAAGGCGGACAUCCGAUCCUUUGCCGGCUACUUCCUCCCCAUCAUGUACGCCAUGUGUCUGGUGGUGGCACUGGCGGGAAACGGUUUAUUCGUGAUCGUGUACGCCUACCACAAACGCCUGAGGACCACCAUGGAUGCCUUCCUGACCCACCUGGCUGUGGCCGACCUGCUCCUGCUCUUCAUGGCCCGAGCACUGAAGGGUCUCCCUGUAGAAAGCAGAGGCAAGCUCACACAGCUGCCUUACAAUGUGGUGAAAGUCUAUCGAAUGAUGGACUCGGUCUUCGCUCUGGUGACCCACUGCGGGACAAGUAAAGUGCUGGAUAAGGCGGCUCAGGUGACGAAGAGCCUGGCCCUCACUCACUGCUGCCUCAACCCCAUCCUCUACACCUUCGUGGGCUCGUCCUUCAGGCAGCACCUGACGAAACUGGCAAAGAGGUUUGGUGAGGGGAGAAGAAAGAGGAGGACGAGGAGAAAAGACGUGUCUGCAGAGGGGGAAGGGAUGGAGAUGUCAUUCAACUCCCACAGCGCGUCUCAAGCAACAAACACUUUCUCAAUAUGA